AUGGACAUGCACGGCUUCACAGACACGCAGCUCACCAUCCGGGAAGCCGUCACCCAGCUCUGCUCCCAGUUCCCCAACACAUAUUGGCAGGAGCGCGACCAGCAAGAGACAGACCCCAAGGAGUUUCACGCCUCGGUGGCAAAAGGCGGGUGGCUCGGCACGGCGCUCCCCGAGGAGCUGGGCGGAUCCGGACUUGGCAUUUCCGAGGCUGUCAUGAUGAUGCAGACCAUCGCCGAGAGCGGCGCUGGAAUGGCGGGCGCGCAGUCCAUCCACGCAAACGUAUAUGCGACGCAGCCGCUGGCCAAGUUUGGCACCAAGCAGCAGUUGGAGGUGACCAUCCCCAACAUCAUAUCGGGGAACUGGCGGGUAUGUUUUGGCGUUACGGAGCCCAACUCAGGCUUGGACACGUUACGCUUGAAGACGAUGGCGAAGAAGCAGGACGAUGGGUCGUACUUGGUCACCGGCCAGAAGAUCUGGAUAACUUGUGCUCAAGUGGCCAACAAGAUGAUCCUGCUUGCCCGCACCUCGCCGCACAAGGAAAACUCUAGCUCGGGUCUCUCGCUGUUUUGCAUCGACCUUGACCGCUCCCAGCCAGGGCUGGACAUGCGCAAGAUCAAGAAGAUGGGCGGCCGAGCUGUCGACGCCAACGAGGUCUUCUUCGACAACUACCGCAUCCCCGGCGACACUCUCAUCGGCGAGGAAGGGAAGGGGUUCAAGAUCGUUCUGCACGGCAUGAAUGCCGAGAGGUGUCUCCUGGCUGGCGAGGCUCUCGGUCUGGGCUACGCUGCGCUCAACAGGGCCGCUGCAUAUGCUCGCGAGCGCGUUGUGUUUGGCCAGCCGAUCGGCAAGAACCAGGGCAUAGCCCACCCGCUCGCCGAUGCGUACAUGUCUCUCGAGGCGGCGAAAUUGGCGACGUAUCACGCUGCUCGGCUCUAUGACGCCAGCCAAAAGGACUCUUCGAUCCGUCAGGACGCUGUAGGAGUCGCGGCGAACAGCGCCAAGUAUCUGGCCGCGGAGGCUGCGUUCAAGGCGUGCGAACGGGCUGUGAUGACGCAUGGAGGGAUGGGCUAUGCAGCUGAGUACGAUGUUGAGCGGUGGUUCCGAGAGUGCUUGGUUCCGCGCAUCGCCCCGGUGUCGAGGGAGAUGAUCAUGAACUACAUUGGCGAGAAGGUUCUCGGACUGCCACGAAGCUAUUGA